UUCUUCCCUCCCAAAUCUCUCAUAUCGACAAUACUCUCAAAUGCCGCACCUUCUAGCUCAACCUUCCACAAUCUCUCUACCAAAUCCAGCAUCACAUUCGACGCCAUCGUCUUGCCCGGUCGCGUACGUCGGUCUCCGCCGUCCCCCGCCGCGCCGGCUGGUUUCCACCGCCAGCUGUAGCGGUGGAGGUAGAUGCGGAAAGAGCACAAUUGUGUGCAUGGCGAACCCUAGGAGGGUGAAAAUGGUGGCGAAGCAGAUUAGGAGAGAGAUCUCCGAUAUGUUGCUUACCGAUAAGGUUUUGCAAUACGCGGUGUUGCCGGAAGCUGCUUUGGGGGCGGAUAGAUAUCUUUCGUCGCUGACGACGAUCAGUGAUGUCGAAGUUUCUGCUGAUUUGCAGGUUGUUAAAGUAUAUGUAUCCGUUUUUGGAGAUGAAAGGGGAAAAGAAGUUGCUCUAGCAGGAUUGAAGGCAAAAGCAAAAUAUGUCCGCAGUGAGUUGGGCAAGCGUAUGAAGUUGCGGCUUACCCCUGAGGUCCGGUUCCUAGAAGAUGAGUCUCUAGAACGUGGAAGCAGGGUUAUUGCUAUAUUAGAUAAACUGAAGGAUGAGAAUGAGAAAAAAGGAACUAUUGAUGAAGAUGAUGAUCGCGAAGAGUUUGCAGGUAGGAAGGAUAAUGAUGUGGAGUGGGAGGGUGAUGACAUUGAUGACGAGGGCAUUAUUUAUGUGAAGUAGUUUAUCCGACACAUGAAAAAAACAACGGAGUCUCCAAUAUAGGCAGAGAAUUCCUUUCAUAACUGGGCUCAUUUGGUUGUCUAGAAUCUGGCUUGGAAAAGUAAUUUAUUUCCUUAUUUCAGGUCUUCGUGUUUGGUUCAAUUUUUUGUUGUAAUAGAUGUGUAAAAAGAACCUUAAGGUAGUAAAUACAAAGUAUAAUUUCUUUA